UGACAACAUAAGGAUUUGUUCGGCACAUGUCUUGUAAGGGUGGACCACCUCUACUCCUUCUUUGUCCAGUGGUCCCUGGACAUUUACAAAAAAGAUCCUGAGAAACCUCUGUACUUAAUGGUGAAGAAAGAUAAGCUUGCAGCCAUUGACAAGUGUACAAGGGUCAUUGUUCCCUCGGCCAAAAACUGGGAGAAAUGACGCCCAGCCUCUCAGAUGGGUUUCUUCAGGGUGGAGCCAGGAGCAGCCAACACGAAUCGACCUUCUAGUAGUUGAAAGAAGCACAUGAAGAGUAUAUAACAUGUGCAGACCCAGUUAGUGGAUAUUAAAACUUUCUCAACAUUGAGCAAGAAAUACUUUCAAAAUGAGACCUAGGACAGAAAACUUCAAGAUUAUGUACUUUGCAAAGCACUGGAUGGAACCAUAUGUACAGAUUGUUACUGAAAAUGACGGGAAGUGUUGUCAUAGCGUGUGCAGCUUAGAAGAUGAAGAGGAACCUGUAGAACGGGAGGACCUUCUCCCUGUUUUGGUGGAACCCAGUCAGCUCCUGGAUGACCACCACAUAGAAAGUUUGGCCAAUCACAUGCCGGCGCGGACUCAGGGAUAUCCAUGGCGAUUGGUUUACAGCAUGGCAGUUCAUGGCUCAAGCUUAAAGACUCUCUAUAGAAAAAUGGCUGAAGUAGAUAGCCCUGUGUUGUUGGUCAUCAAAGACUUGGAACAUAAGGUAUUCGGAGCCUUUUCCUCAGAUCCCUUUAGAGUGAGUAACUAUUGCUACGGAACAGGGGAGACUUUUCUCUACAGCUUCAGCCCUGAGUUUCAGGCCUAUAGGUGGAGUGGGGAGAACUGUUACUUUGUGAGAGGUCACUUGGAUUCAUUACAGAUUGGUGGAGGAGGGGGACGUUUUGGCCUGUGGCUAGACAGUGACCUGUACCAAGGUUCAAGUUUUACCUGCUCCACCUUCCAAAAUCAGCAGCUGUCCAGUGAGCAGGAUUUUAAGGUUCUGGCCCUGGAGGUCUGGACUGUCUGGUGAACUCUGACUCAAAGAGCGAGAGAAUGAGAACAAGAGAU